GGCGCCCGCCCGGAGGUGGUUUUUCCACUGGCUGGUGUGAACCAUCCAUCUCACGGGUUCUGCCUCUUUUCUGGAGUUAAACUUUUCUGAAGACACCACCAGCCCCAGGCCCUGCUGGUCUCUCCGGAGCAGAAGCAAAGCGGGAGGGAGCCCGCCGAGGGCACGGGCUGGCCCAUGCCCGGGAGCUCCAAUGUCCUCAGGUCACUUGGAGAGCCCAGCUCCGUGGAGGCCAAGGCCACCGGUGCCCGCAGCUGACCCCAGGAAGCACCAGGCCAGCCACUGCAGGGGAUCAAAUGGCAAGACUGUGCCCUGCCUUCAGGGGCCCGUAGCCUGUGAGCUUUCCUAGUCCCACCAGGAGCCACUGUCCCAGUGUCCUCCUGCCUCCACCCUUGCCAUCAGUCCCCCAGCUGACCCGUCACCAUGGCAGCCCUGAUCGCAGAGAACUUCCGCUUCCUAUCACUCUUCUUCAAGAGCAAAGAUGUGAUGAUUUUCAACGGGCUGGUGGCACUGGGCACGGUGGGCAGCCAGGAGCUGUUCAGUGUGGUGGCUUUCCACUGCCCUUGCUCACCAGCCCGAAACUACCUGUAUGGGCUGACAGCCAUCGGUGUGCCCGCCCUGGUGCUCUUCCUCAUCGGCGUCAUCCUCAACAACCACACCUGGAACCUGGUUGCCGAGUGCCAGUACCGGAGGACCAAAAACUGCUCGGCCGCCCCCAACUUCCUCCUUCUAAGCUCCAUUGUGGGCCGCGCAGCCGUGGCCCCCAUCACCUGGUCUGUCAUCUCUCUGCUGCGCGGUGAGGCCUAUGUCUGUGCUCUCAGCGAAUUCGUGGACCCCUCUUCGCUCACAGCUGGGGAAGACAGUUUCCCACUGGGCCAGGCCACAGAAAUCCUGGCCAGGUUCCCGUGUGGGGAGGGCCCUGCCCACCUGUCAGAUUCCCGGGAAGAGGUCAGCCGCAGGCUCAAGUACGAGUCCCAGCUCUUCGGGUGGCUGCUCAUCGGUGUGGUGGCCAUCCUGGUGUUCCUGACCAAGUGCCUCAAGCACUACUGCUCACCACUCAGCUACCUCCAGGAGGCCUACUGGGCGCAGUACCGGGCCAACGAGGACCAGCUCUUCCAGCGCACGGCCGAGAUGCACUCACGGGUGCUGGCUGCCAACAACGUGCACCGCUUCUUCGGCUUCGUGGCACUCAACGAGGAUGACGAGAAGCUGGUUGCCAAGUUCCCGGUGGAAGGCACACAGCCACGGCCACAGUGGAACGCCAUCACCGGCGUCUAUUUGUACCGUGAGAACCAGGGCCUUCCACUCUACAGCCGCCUGCACAAGUGGGCCCAGGGUCUGGCGGGCAACGGCACGGCCCAAGACAACAUAGAGAUGGCCCUGCUCACCUCCUAAGGGUCCUGUUCCCACACUCUUUGCCAAUGACACUACCUGGUCCCAAACAAAACCCCAUGGUCUGUUCACAUCAGCAUCAGAGGGGAAUUUUUUUUUUAGGGGGUGGGGUGGGGCGCUUUGUGGGAUCUUAGUUCCCCAACCAGGGACUAAACCUGCACCCUCGGCAGUGAAAGUGUGGAGUCCCAACUACCUGACUGCUAGGGAAUUCCCCAGAGGGGAUUUUUUUUUUUUUUUUAACCAUAGCUUUUGGGGGAAACGGGCCAGGAAAAAGGAACACAAAGUAAAACUGGGGAACAGAUGUGAGAGCUAGCAGACAACAUGGUCAGCUCUGGCAGGAAGGCUCUCAGACCUGAAGAAAUUCCUUCUCCUGUUGCCACCAGCCACAUGGUCAACAGCUUUGGAGAAAAGACCCUUUCCCAGAACUGGUCCUUAAUUAACCAUGAUGUGGAUGACCUUCGACUGGUAGGACCCAGUCCCACCGGUCUGGGAAGCCCCGGACAGCAGAGCCAGGUGACAAUGAAACUCACCAGCAGGCUCCUUGUGCGGAACAUUGUGUGUAACUGCAUAUGGACACCUGGCCCGGUGCUGCUCAGCUGGGAAGCAGCCCCCAAUGUACGCCUCUAGCUUUAUUUUCUAUAAAUUUUUGAUAAAGCUUUUCUUAGUAUAAAGGACUAGCUUGGUGUCUGCACGAUUGGAUGGGCCAUGCCACAGCCGGCUGGAGGUCAUGGGGACAGGCCCAAAUCCCAUUCCUGGGGAGGGAAGAGGACAGAGACUCUGGGCAAGACUGAAAUGGAUGGAAGGGAAGCCAGGGGCACAGGGAGAGCCAGGUGUUCCCACACGCAGGAAGGCCCUGGCACUGAUGAUGUCUUAACUGGGUUCAGUUUUCUGAUUUGAUCUGGGAAACAGAUGGAACCUGGCCUUUCUCAGAGGGGAGCUCGGCUAAAAUUUCACGAGUCAGCAGAUCCUGCCCUUGCACUCACUAGGGCAGUCUAGCUCUCGUAACCUAGAGCUAGUGACCAAGAACCAGGCCAAGCCCUGCUCCGCCUCCCUCCCAUGCCCACCCCUGCCUGAGCCCCUCCACCACCCCUAAAAUCUCUGAUGUUCUCUCCCUUGUCCCUGUCCUGCUUUCUGGCAUAUGACUCAGUCACUUCCCACGGAAAAGCUCUCCAGCUCUCAGGACAUUUAAAGCUCUGCCCAAGAAAACUUUAAUUCCCUUAAGACCAAGCCAAAAGUGAACUGGCUUCAACAACUAGCUGGGUCUGUGCUGGCCUCGAGGAACUCUAGAACAUACAGGAUUAUUACUUAUCAAGGAGGAGGAGAGACAGUCUUUCUGGGAACUUUACAGGGAGGUGGGGGUAUAGCGGGCCCGUCAUGUCCCCUCUCCCUCAGGACUCAAGGAACAACCAGCAAGUCAAUCAAGGCCCUCCGCCCAGCAAGCUCUCCUCAGGGGAGCUACAGGGAGCCAGAGAAACUGUGCAGCUCUCCCAAAGCCACACAGCAUGUUGAUCUACGUCCCAGCCUCACAGCCUCCACAAAGGGGCACGAGGUACUAGCUGAGCUGAGGCUGAGGGAAUGCCCAGAGACUCUGUGAUCUAGGAGAGCGACCCGCUUUCCGGACCCUGCUGACCCCCACUAGCUGGACCAAGAGGCUGGCAGGGCCAAAGUGGGAUCCUGACCACAGAGUCCCCGGGAGGCGGCCCUCCAUUCCUGCUCCCCGGGGACCUCCCAUGAAGGAGAGACUCUCAGCUUUUCUGGGAGCCCAGGAGCCUACUGCCUGCAACCACUGAGCAGCCCCAGAAAAGGAGAAAGAUGAAAUAAAUUGGUUCUU